CCAGGCCGAGGGCCCCGCGAACGAUGAAUUGGAGACGGUGGCGAUCCCCCGGCCAAGCGCCCAGGCCCCGAGCGUGCUGCGCUGGUUCACCACCGCGAUCCUGUAUGCGGCCUUCUUGGGGCUGGGAAUGACUAUUGCUAUACUGGGACCCACGUUUCAAGAUUUGGCAAGAAAUGUGAACCGAAAUAUCAGCAGUCUUUCUGAAAUAUUUGUGGGUCGUGCUUUUGGAUAUUUGAGUGGCUCUGUGGUUGGUGGCAUUCUUUUUGACUGUAUGAAUCAUGUUUUACUUUUGGGGGUGUCACUGGUGGCCACCUCAGUGGGUCUUUAUAUUAUUCCUUUUUGCAAGACAGCAGUGUUACUGAUUGUCAUGAUGUCUGUUUUCGGCGUCUCAUUUGGCAUGCUGGAUACAGGUGGUAAUGUCCUCAUCUUGGAUAUUUGGGGGGAUGAAGGAGCCCCACACAUGCAGGCCUUACACUUCAGUUUCGCCUUGGGUGCUUUUCUGGCUCCAAUUCUGGCUAAAUUGGCACUGGAUUCCCCAGUGUCUGCUGAAAACCACACAGAGCCUGCCUUUCAGCCUCCAGCCACCAACGGAUCAUCUGAAGCUGACUCAGCCCCUCUGUUUGGAUUGCCUGAUGACAUGAAUCUAUUCUGGGCUUAUGCUUUUAUCGGCACUUACAUUUUCAUAGUGUCUCUCUUUCUUUUUACUCUGCUUUUCAAGAAAAGCUCAGGGCAGGAAAAAUCAAAACCAUCUGCUCAGGGAUAUCGAAGAGCUGAAUAUCACAAGACCCUUCUCUGCCUCCUUUUCGUGUUCUUCUUUUUUUAUGUUGGAGCAGAGGUAACAUAUGGCUCUUAUGUUUUCUCCUUUGCCACCACCUAUGCUGGCAUGGAAGAACAUGAAGCAGCUGGGUUGAACUCCAUCUUCUGGGGGACCUUUGCAGCCUGCAGGGGCCUGGCGAUCUUCUUUGCUGCAUGUCUACAGCCGGGCACCAUGAUUGUGUUGAGCAACAUUGGCAGCCUGGCUUCAUCUUUAUUUCUGGUGCUUUUCAACAAGAGUCCACUCUGUCUCUGGAUUGCCACUUCAGUGUAUGGGGCCUCAAUGGCAACCACGUUUCCCAGUGGUGUUUCCUGGAUUGAGCAGUACACAACCAUAAGUGGAAAAUCAGCAGCCUUUUUUGUAAUUGGUGGUGCCCUGGGAGAAAUGGCUAUUCCUGCAGUAAUUGGAAUUGUUCAGGGACAAUAUCCAGAUUUGCCCAUAGUUCUGUACACCUGUUUGGGAUCAGCAAUAUCCACUGCUGUUAUAUUUCCUGUGAUGUAUAAAUUAGCCACCUUGCCUCUGGAUCACCAGCGAAAAGCAAAUAGAAACAGUGAGUAGCUAAAAGCUUUGCCCUUUAUUUCUGGGAUAUGAGGAAGCAAAUGAAGGGAAUGUCAGCAAAAUGGAAUGAAAUAGAAUUUGAAUCGGUGGAAAUGAAUGAUACAAUGAGGCAUAUUGUCAUAGAGACAUGUAAAAAUAGUUUAAUGGAGCCCACAGCUGAAGACUCUGACUCCUCUCAAAUAAGGUAAUGUUUGACUCUUCUUCAGUUAAUAUUGGUGAUUCCCCUCUGAAGCAUAUUGUCCAAAAACUGGACAAAAGAGACUAACACUAAGAGAAGAUGGAUAAUUUACUGACUUCCUUGAAUAAUCUCCAGUUCUAAAGAAGGCAGAGCAGCAUUAGCAGCUCUGGGCAUGCUUUGGGCAUCAAAGUUUCCAGAUCCAUUUAUAGCAAAUGCUAAAAGGUAUUGAAAUAGUAUCUUCAUUACCAGAGUCUUUCACAAACUGCCAUUUAAUAUUGUGACAAAUUUUCAUUGAUGGUUUUUUGAAGGUUUCUAUUUUAUAAUCAAUGUCUUCGAUUCAAUGAUGUAUAGUAAGUAAUUCAUUCAAUUAUGGAUAGUAUACUAUAUUCACUGAUGUCUUAAAAGUUAUUUUAUAAGCUAAUUUAGUCUCUAGUGAUGUACAAAUGGGAUUUGGAGAUACUAUGUUCUGAUAUUAGAAGCUAUUUGAGUUAGUAUAUUAAUAGCAGAGGUGUAACUAGGUCUUUUGAGGUCCCUGGCCUACCUCAGUAACAGAGGCUGGGUCUAGGUCUUUCUGUUUCAAGACUUGACUCUCACUGGGUCAUAUUAAGUACUGUGAACCAGGCUAGAAGUUCAGGGUUUGGAAUUCUUGUGUCACCCAUCCAGGGCUCAUCCUCCCUGAGUUUGAAAUACCUGGGAAACCAAAGUAAAGAAAGAUGAGAUGACUUGGUGGCCCAGGCAUCAGGGAUGAAAAAGGGAACUUCAUAUAAGUAGGGCCAAACUGCUAAUGGCUAUCCUCCAAUAAAUGACCAGAAUUGAUGAGAGAUUUUGUUUACCUUUCCCAAGUUUUUAUGCUGAGUGACCUCAAAUUUUUACUGGGAUACAAUAUGUUUGCUGUCUAUUAUCUAAUUUCUAUAAAUUUGCUUUUGAAAAAAAAUUUUGGUCUGUCUUACUGACAUAUUGCCACAUUUUUUGGCCCCUGCCCAUUUGCUUUGCAUACCCAUCACAUUAUUUAGGUUUCUGUUAAGAACCUAACAACGUGGAAAGGGCUGGUGGAGAAAUUAACAAAAAAGAGACUGUUUCUCUUUCUAUACUGUACUUUUUCCUAGCCAAAGCUUGAAAGUACCUCUGCUCCCUUUACUGCCCUUCCUCGGGCUGUUGGGCCUUAGGCAGCAGCAAUUAUCUGUCUGUAGGGAGGCUCCUUACUAUAGGGAUUCCACUGUCAGCUUCUACUUCUAGAGAGUAGGAGAUAGAGCCGUGCUGGGCUCAGGGGUGCACGCCUGUAAUUCCAGCAGCUUGGAAGCCUGAAGCAGAAGGAUCACAAGUUCAAAGCCAGUCUCAGAACUUAUGGAGACC